GGAGAGGGAAGGCCCUGAGGGCGGUCCCGCCCCGGCGGGGCUGGAGGCGGUGUCGGCCAUGGCGGGGGUGCUCUGGCGGCUCUGCAACCUCCUCAUGGCCGCCUUCUUCGGGCUGGCGGCCGCUGUGCAGGUGAACGACCCCGACGCCGGGCUGUGGACUGUUGUCUACUUAGUGCCAGCUGCCCUGACAAUGCUGGUAGGCAUUAACUCCUCAGUAACAGAUAACGUGGUUUGGAAGAGCCUCUGUGACUUCCAUCGGGCUGGCUGUAUUGUUGGCACCAUUGCCUUGGCUUGUUCUUUGUUUGCCUACGCUCAAGGAAACAUUUUACACGAGGAGGAAGGCAGGGAGUUGUUUGGUCUGGUGAUUAUUACAAUAUGGAUGAGUCUUUGUCGCAAUUCAGCCAAGAGUCCACUGAGUGGAGUUCGCUUGAUGGCUGCACUCUUCAUUGCCCUCUUCCCCUUUGUUUCAUGGCUGUACAUUUAUGUGAACAAAGAGAUGCGGGCAUCUUGGCCAACCCACUGUAAAACGGUGAUUUAAUAGAGUGGGAGAAGUCUAGAAUAUUCUGACCUUACUUGCCUUGGCUUUUGGUUCAUAAUGAAAGGUUAGUAUCAGUUUGGUAAGAGCCAGGAAUGCCAGGCUGUUUCCAGCAGUGCAGUUUGAGAUUUGGUAAAAAAAAUUGAGGACAAUCAAAUCAGAGUGGAGAGAUUUUCUAUGGAAACUGUUGUUUACUGUCUUCUUUGUGUAUUUUCUACGUGUUGUUGAUCUAAUAUGUGUUCUAAUGGCACAUUCAAGAUAUCCCUGCAUCCCUGGAUCACUCUCCAACCACCUUGUACUUUGAGAAAUCUAAUGUUCUGUAACAUAAGGGAAAAGUAAA